UUUUUUUCAAAUUAAACAUUUUUCUCUCCAUUUCUCUCUCUCAAAUUUUCUUAUUAUUUACACCAUCUCUCUCUUUCAUCUAUUCUACAUUUCUGCUUUUUCCAGGGUUAGGGUUUUGUAACGUAAAAGAAGAGGGAAAUCGAUGGGACAACAAUCGCUGAUCUACAGCUUUGUGGCAAGAGGAACGGUUAUUCUUGCUGAGUAUACAGAAUUUACCGGUAAUUUUACCAGCAUCGCGUCUCAAUGUCUCCAGAAAUUACCUGCUUCUAACAACAAGUUUACUUAUAACUGCGAUGGCCAUACCUUCAAUUACCUCGUUGAAAACGGAUUCACCUUCUGUGUGGUCGCAGUUGAAUCUGCUGGCAGACAAAUUCCAAUUGCCUUUCUGGAGCGUGUUAAGGAAGAUUUCAAUAAGAGAUAUGCUGGAGGAAAAGCGGCAACUGCUCAAGCCAAUGGCUUGAAUAGAGAGUUUGGGCCUAAAUUGAAGGAGCACAUGCAGUACUGCGUUGAUCAUCCAGAGGAGAUCAGCAAGCUUGCAAAAGUGAAGGCUCAGGUUUCUGAAGUUAAAGGUGUCAUGAUGGAAAAUAUUGAGAAGGUUCUUGAUCGUGGUGAAAAGAUUGAGCUGCUGGUGGAUAAAACUGAGAAUCUUCGUUCACAGGCACAAGAUUUCAGACAACAGGGAACCAAGAUGAGAAGGAAAAUGUGGCUUCAGAACAUGAAGAUAAAAUUGAUUGUCUUGGGUAUCGUCAUUGCCUUGAUUCUUAUCAUAGUACUGUCCGUUUGCCACGGCUUCAAAUGUUAAUUUCUCUUGACCAUUGAACUGAGCUUGUCCUCGCUUCCAAGCUUAUUCGAUUUCUUGCCUUGAUGAUCCAACUUGCAGAGCCUUUUAGGUUACACCUUUCCCCCUUUAUGUUAGCCUUUUAGGAUGUGAGAAGGUUUGUAUUUUGGAACAGUUUGUAUAGGUUUAUAUAUGUUGAACUUUUCUUGGUAGAUAUUUUUCAUUGUGCUUAUGAUAUUUGUUCAAGAUGUAAUGGGAGGAAUACUUGACGCCUGCAGUUUAGAUCAUCUUUUUGGAAUGCUAUUCAUGUAUUUUCCCCCUUUUA